AUGCAGGAAGUUCUCCUCCCGGCCCACCCCGUGCCGUUCGGGUUCGGGUUCGGCCCAGGGCCGCUGGGCUUCGUCGAUCGCCGCCUCUGCUCCCCCGCGCUGCUGCUCCCCACCGGCGACGGCCUCAUCCACGGCGGCUGCUCCCCCUUCACCCCGAACCCCAGGGCGUCCCCGCCAGCGCGCGGCGAUGGCGUCUUCUACCGCGGCUGCACCCCGAGCCCCAUGGCGUCCCCGCGCGGCGCCACCCCGAGCCCCAGGUCGUCCCCGCCCGCCUCCACCACCUCCUCCUCGUCCGGCUCCCGCGUCUACGACGACACCGCGGCGGCGGCGACGGAGCACCGCCUGCGCAUGGCCCGCUACGCGCUGCAGUACCAGGACGCCGUCAACCGCUACCACCUCUGCGUCUCCCAGCUCGCCGACGCCGCGCGCGAGGCCGACGCGCUCCGCCUCCACAACGCAGGGCUCCGCGGCGCCAACAACGGCCUCGCCGGCCGCGUCGUCAUGCUCGGCGGCAACCGCGGCCCCGCCAUCGCCCUCGCCGGCCAGCUCCGACGCCUCCACCUCGGGCCGAUGCAGCCCAUGCCGGGGGCUCCGACGAUGCUGCCUAUGCCGUGUCCCGCCUCCCCGGGUCCUCCGAUGCUGUUGCCUAUGGCGCGUCCAGCCUUCCCGGUUCCUCCGAUGCUGCCUAUUCCUCGUCCCGCCUCCCAGGGUCCUCCGAUGCUGCCUAUUCCUCGUCCCGCCUCCCAGGGUCCUCCGAUGCUGCCCAUGGCGCGUCCCGCCUCCCCGGCCGAGAAGCACGCGGUGCUGCCGAAGAGCAUCUCCAUCCGCUCCACCGGCUACCUCAAGAUGGCCAGGAACGGCGGCAGCGGCAAGAACCGCGUGACGAAGCCAGAGAACGUCGGUUCGCGCGUGUUCGUGGGCAUGGACGGCGCGAAGCCGGAGGAGCAGAAGGGCCAGCUGGUGACGUCCACGGGCGGGCUGGAGUUCGAGGUGUACAACCAGGGCAUGUUCAAGACGGAGCUCUGCAACAACUGGGAGGAGACCGGGGCGUGCCGCUACGCCGACCAGUGCCAGUUCGCGCACGGCAUCGCCGAGCUCCGCCCCAUCAUCCGCCACCCACGCUACAAGACCCAGGUCUGCCGCAUGAUCGUCGGCGGCGCCCUCUGCCCCUACGGCCACCGCUGCCACUUCCGCCACUCCAUCACACCCGCCGACCACCCACUCCUCCUCGCCGCCUGA